AUUUUGUCACAAAAAAUGUUGCGACUUUCUGUCAAGAAAUAUUUGAACCAAGACCGUUAUUCUUUCAUUCUCAAACACCACAUAUUCAGAGGCAAUGUUUUUAUACAACACACUGAUCAGGAGCCAGCUUUUGCGGACGAACUAAUUGAACACUCCUUAUUAAUACUCUCGUAGAUCUACUCACCUUGACCUCAGCGGCAAAGGUCAACAUUUGCUAAAAGGUUAUUGAAAGAAUAAGCCCAGUGAAUUCGUUUACGUUUUAGCUCAUCUUUUAAGGUAUUGUCAAGGAAUCUAUCGUGUGAGUAUUUACGUUCAUAUAUUGUGUGACAACGAUACCUAAAUAGCAUUGAGCAGCUCAUUAUAUGCCUUCAAGCAAAGAUCCCCCGCAUCAAGCAGACAUUGUUUAUUUAACUAACUGAAGACUUUCAGUUUUAAAACUUUUCACAAUUCUACCUCGUUGUGUAUGUUAUAUUUUCUACUGUGAUUACUUUUCUAAUCGCAUCAUCUACAAGAACUCAAUAUAUUAACACAAAAUGGCCGAUUCAGAGCACCAGGCUUUAAACAAAACUGAUCCAUCGACUAAGGUUAACUACCAGACGUUAGCCCACUACUCAACUGACCAAAAGCAAUCGGUUUUCAACCCUGCACUUCUGAUCUCCACAAAACCCGACCAAACGUCCGGGCACACCUCCACACAGUCCAACCUCCACGGCACCAGACGCCCGUCCAGGGCGUCUUUCCUCGGAAGUUUCUCGGCCAGUUUGGACGCCCUCAAGGCUAGCGUGGUGCAGGUGAAGCAGAGUUCCAUUGACCACUGGCCGCUACUUUUGCUGACGGUCGUAACGGCGCUGGUCACAAGUGCCCUCAAGGUGUUUAGCCUCGUCUUUGACCAGUACGUCUACAGCGUGUACGCUAAGGACGUGUUCGGGGGUAGGAACAUUGAUACACGCAGCCACCCAUGUCUCAACACAUCCGACACUUCUCCAAACGCCUCGGCUGAUAAAGAUCUGGUGGAACAAGUCCAGGAUAUGACGUCAAACUUGACGCUCUAUCUUGACGUCAUCUUAUACGUGCUAGGGAUGGUGUCAAACAUGGCGCUGGGCGCAUGCGCCAACUUGAUCAGACGUAAAGUGCUGUUGUUAGCUCCCCUAACUGGGUUUUUCAUCAAGUGCGCCACGUUAAGCUCCAUCAUCUACUGGGAGCUGAGCUUAGACUGGUUGUACAUGGCGUACGCCGUGGACGGUAUCUGCGGGAAUUCCAUCGGGAUGCUGUUGGGGUCGUUCCUGUACACCAGCGAUAUCACAUCACGUGACAACAAGAGGACCCUAGGGGUCGCCAUUGUCGAGGCCGCUAAAGGGGUCGUGAGUGCAGCCGUUUACGUGGUAGCCGGGCAGCUGAUCGAGAAGGCGGGGUUUCUGGUCCCAGCUUUGGUGGCUACAGGGCUACAGGCUCUAGCGAUCAUCCUCGUCUGUUUCCUACCAGACCGGAAGCCCAAAGACCUGGAGCAGCGGGCCACGUUCUGGUCGGUCUCCGGUGCCGUGCGGGAGAUGCUGUCGCCGUUCCUGCUGCCAGAGAACCAGAGGCUGAGGCGGAUGUCGCUCCUGGCAGCCUUGACCUUCUGCGUUCUCUUCAUCGCCAGGACCGGCGUCGAUAAGAUCAGGAACCUGUACCUGAUGAAUCUGCCAUUUUGUUUCGACGCUAUCACCAUUGGUUGGUUCAUGUUCGCACGUGACGCCGGCCAUUACGCAUUCACGGUCUUCGCCGUCAGCUGUCUGUACCGGUGCUUGCCGGGAUUCGGGCUGGGAAUUCUGGGAACUCUCUCCAACAUUGCGGCAUUCCUCAUGUACGCCUUUGCCCAGAACUACUGGCAGAUUUACAUAGCGCCCGUCCUUGGCUUUGGAGAGACGCUGACCUUCACCGUGAUCAGAGGUGAAGGGUCACGUUUGCUGGGACCCGAGUAUCAAGCGUCGUGGUUUGCCUCCCUUGCAGUGUUGGAGAGCAUUAGCCUAGCGAUUAGCGCCCCUGUUUUCAUCCCCAUCUACACGGCCACACUGGGCGGUUUUACUGGCAGCGUCUAUGUGGGUUGUGCUGGUGUUCUGCUGGUGGUGCUGCUGAUGAAGUGCAUCUAUCAGGUGAUGUGGGUCAGACACAUGACAGACGUGCUGUCAGACAGCCUGGAGAUUGGCGCAGACGACAGUCAGACGUCAGACCAGAAGAAACUUCUCCCAGAAUCUAAGGACCAGUUUACCAGCUCAUCAGCAUAUGUCACACAUCUUUGAUGUCAUCUGAUGUCACGCAUCUUUGAUGCCAUCUAUCUCUGAUGUCACACCUCUUGGAUGUCAUUUGUGUCUGACGUCGCACAUCUUUGAUGUCAUUUAUCU